AUGAACAUCAUUCUGCCGCUUCUACCAUCGGCUCGGCAGCUUCUCUGCCUUAUUUUUGUAGUUUUCAAGCUAUUCGGUUUCAUUCCAUUCCCAUUAGAUAGCUAUACGCUGCAAGUUAAACCAAUAUCGAGAUGUAGCAAUUGGUGUUUAGGCAUACCAGCGUUACAUUUGAUGUUCUUCUUAGCUCUUCAUGCAUACGUGGCGAUCAACAGGACGAUUAUUUUCAAUACCGAGGUACAGAUUUUCAACUUAAACGAUUUACUAAAGUGCGCUUCACAACUGAUGGCAGUGUAUGCCAUACUGGUCAACAUAGUUAUCCAACGGGACAUCCAUCGGAGCGUUUGGGUUAAAUUAAACAUCAUUCGUGGGAUGGCUAGUAAGAAGUUUGUACGUUUGUUUCUCCGACUGUACCUGUGCAAAUUCUACGGCUUUGUAGUGUUCUGUGCUGCCAUCGAUUGUCAUGUUGUAUUGUAUAUGUAUCAGUAUACAGACGAUAUAGCUUACUUCCUGGUGGUACUCGUCCUCCAUGUGGUCCUCCGGCUCCGACAUCUAUUUCACAUGUUUUUUAUCGACGUACUGAAGGUUCACCUACAGCAGCUUCACCAUGGUUUGCAAGACAUCACAUGCUACAUGGCCGAGCUACAUUCGAUACCAAAGACAUCGCCACGGUAUAAGACCAUGUACGCAAGAUCCAUCGAUCGGUUGCUUCACCUUAAAAGCGUUUAUGGUCAGUUGUGGGACAUAAACGAUGGGAUAAACCGUACUUUUGGAUGGUCGCAAAUAUGCAAUUUUACUGCCAACUUUAUCGAUAUAUCGUGUGACCUCUACUGGUUCUAUCUGUUCACCAUGGACAGUGGAUUUGAGGGUGUAACAGCUUAUUUUGUGACAAUGAUCCCUUCGCCAUGUCUCAUAGUGCUUUUGCUAAACUCUGCCGAGUCUUGUCUUAGAGAGGGAUCUUCCAUUGGAACAGCGUUAUUGAACAUACCGUUGGCUGACGAUCCUACGCUUCGCAAGAUUGUCUAUCGCUUUGGACUCCAGUUGGCGCAGCAGAGGAUUCAUCUCACCGCGCACGGACUGUUUGACAUAAACUAUUCACUCCUGCAAAUGAUAGCAACAGGAAUCACAACGUACAUGGUGAUCUUCAUAACGUUCUCUAAGGGUAUUCUUUACGAGGAUGUGGAGGACGCAAUCGCUGGGAAUUAA